AUGCGCUUGCGCAACAUACUCUCUCGUCGCCGCCGUGAUGGCAAAGCCGACCCUAUCGACGCCGCCGCUACAACCGCAGUUCCCGUGGACGUGCCCGCACCCGCAUACAUAUUCAAGCUUCCAGACGAUGUCAUAUACGAGCUCUUUGAGAAUGCGGCUCUAGUCUAUCCGCCGCGCGCCAUCGUGAUGAUGCCCGCCUCCGCCCACGCAGUCCGGCAUACCGACACCCUGCUAGGAUGGAUCAUCCUCACGCACAUCUGUCGCCGCUGGCGCUCGAUAGGCCUCAGCGCGACCCUUGCGCCACUAUGGGCUCGGGUCGUCUGUCUAUCCUGGGAACCGUCCGUAGCGACGGAGCUCGCGUCCCGCGCACGCGGCCAUCCCAUCUCUAUCGACUUGACGCGAUAUAAUGGAGUCUUUGGAGAGGGAUAUAACACACUGUGGCCAUUGGAGGAGUGGGUCUUGGAGAACAUUCACAAAGCGGGCGUGCUCGUCGCACCAAGCGCGGUCCUGCUCAAUAGGCUUAGCGAGCGUAGACUCGUUCUCCCCGAGCUUCGCGAACUGCACCUCGGUGGUCGCCACGUGAGCGAUGAAGACCUCCUCAUCCUCUGGGAAGCUCCAGGUCUGCAAAGCGCGACACUGAGCAGGGUGUUGUUACCACCGCACAUGGCCCGCGGCCUACGCGUACUACAGCUCACAAUAGCCACCUUUCGUAUGCGGUUAGUCGCCGUACACGACUUCCUGCGGGCCUGCUCCUCUCUCUCGACUCUCGAUGUGACCAUCACCGGCGAAUGGACCCACAUUGAUUUCUCGAAUGAACCAGUGCCCGGGAGCUUCAACCACUCUGAGCAAGCACAAUGGGACCGGCGCGUUCACCUCGACCAGCUCAAGCACGCGAAGAUCGCUGUCAGCGUGGAUCAAACUGUUGCGGACCUGCUUCAACCCAUCAUCACGCCUCCCGACCUCUCACUUCACCUCGUUUUUUCAUCGGGGUACUCCAAAGACCCUCAGUCUCGUUCCCGGCUCAUACUGGGUACCUGCGCCAAGGAGCUGGAUCGUGAUUUGUACGAUACGCUGGAGCUCCGAAUAUCAGAGAGCCCUACGGCGUACAACACUCUUCACAUCCGCCUUUCUUCGUCUUCGCCUUUGAUCUCGGCAUCAUGCGAGCUCGAAAUCUCGACGAGUGACGCCGAUAUACGCGACGAUACACUCGUCAGCCUCCCGUCCUACAUGCAUACGGCAGCUCCGCUGAUUCGAUAUCUCAAAUUCGACGCAUCCACCGCGGACGCAAUCAACACCGACGCGACGUUCGGCGCCUUAGGACGCGCGUUGACAGGCGUCACGGAGUUACAACUGGCCAACAUGGACUACAUGCUUACGGCAGCAUAUGUCCGAGCAUUGCGGCAUUUCAAGCCCAUACCGAUCCUACCCGCCCUCAAAAUCGUGCGAGUAUCUGCCGCGCAGAUAUCGAGUGUACCUCAGUUGUAUCAAACAAGACAGUGGUGGGACGCUGUCGUGUCUGCUUUGGAGGCGCGGAAAGGAGCAGGCGUGGCGGUGUUGGAUUGUUUACAACUGGAUGGGGAAUGGACGGGGGAGGGUGGCUGGGAGAAAGACGAAGAGAAAGAGGGCAUGGAAGAGUUGAAGCACCAGGGCCUCGUUGAGAAAGUUGACCACCGUCACAGACGUUGGGCGUCCUUGGCAGCACCUCAACGCAUAUGCUGA